GCGGGGAGAAAGCGAAAGCGCGCAGGAUUCGUUGAGCCAGGCAACUGAGGCAAUGAGAAAACAGCAAGAGCUUAAGAACCAGACAGCUUCAUCGUUCGCAGACUGAGGGUGUUGGAGGGUGUCGGGCAUAUGGUGCUGUGUUAAAAUCUUCAUCUGCAGUCCACAUGGACGAGGGGGCUUCUCAGAGCAUCGAUGAGAGGACGGAUCCUGGACCUGAACCCUGGAUCUCUUCAGAAACCACUUCAGCAAGCAGAGCGAGCGCAUGGAGCAACGGUCAGUGUGUGCUGGUUGUACCCGCUUCCUCUUUUUUAUUCCCAAGCUUUGACCUGACGCUCUGCAGGGGGUUGCUGGAGAAAGAAGGCUUCCAGAUCCCUGUGGAGGAUUUCGAGAUUCCUCUCAGAAGUGCACUGGAUCCCCCUUCCAUCAGAAGAUACCUGUUCUUUAAUUCGUCCUUGUUUCAUUUCAUCUUGGCCCUAAUUAUAUACGUGGUGCUGUGGUGCGCCGUGUUCUCCAGCGUGCACCUUUACCUCAGGGAAAGCGCCGUGAACUUCUGGCUGCUCUGCCUGUGUGUGACACUGGUCACCAUCUUCAUCACCAUUAUCAUCAUCCUCGUUUUCUACUACAACAACAAAGAGAUCAACAUAAAUACUGAUGUACGACUGAUGCAGGUGAACGAGCGUCUCGUCACACACAGCUUGCUGCUGGGGGUGGCAGACUGGAUAGAGAAGUGCACUGGAAAAAUGCAGCUUUGCUGUGUGUUCUGGGAUUUGGGUCCCUGCCUGCAAGCCCUAACUGAGACGCUAGAGGAGCUGGACUUGGUCAGGGAUGAGAUACAGAACAAACUGAAGAAACGAAUGUCCCACCUCGUUCUAAUGGCCGAAGUCCGGAUGUCCGAGGACGACGCUGGAUCAGACGGAGCAGAACCUGAUGAGGAGUGUCCGCUGCUGGUGGAGGGCGGAGAGAGGCGAACCUCAUCGAGACAGAGAGACGAGUUUAAACUGACUCAGAGCUUCAGUCUGGUACCAGACCUGACCCUGUCCUGUCAGACCAUUGCCCACCAGCUUCUGAUGAUCUACAGCGCUGCCUACGUGAAACUGCUGAUUUCGGAGGGCCUCCCUUGCGCCCCACGUCACCCCAUAGACUCAGUGAGGAACCAUUGCACAACUGCGUCGCUUUGCCUUUGUCAGUAUGUACAGUACAAACUCCUAAAAUAGAGAGACUUGACCUGGGAGUGCUUCAGAUGCAUUUCUGUCCAAAUACUGAUGUGCUGCAUCGUGUACAUAAAUCCGAGCCUGGCUUUUAUACUUCUUUGAAAUGAUAAAUAUAUAUUAAUUUAUUUCUUGUGUGUGGUGGGGUUAAUAAAAAAUAAAAGCAUCAGUCUAA